AUGUCGGACGCUAGGUUACGUCGUGUGCAGAAAGAGAUUAAAGAUUGUGCAAAAGAUAAGACUAGUAAUAUAUCAAUUGACAUGAUUGAUGAAUCCCCUUUUCAUCUUAUUGGAGCUUUCCCUGGACCCCCUGAUACGCCGUACGAAGGAGGUUAUUACGAAGUGGAUAUAAUCAUUCCUGACGCUUAUCCGUUCCAACCUGUGAAAAUGAAAUUCAUAACGAAAGUAUACCAUCCCAAUAUAUCAUCCGCUAGUGGGGCAAUUUGUCUUGAUAUCCUGAAAGACGCUUGGUCGCCUGUACUCACACUGAAAUCUACCUUAAUAUCACUUCAAUCCCUGUUAUGCGAACCUGUACCUAACGAUCCUCAAGACGCAGAAGUGGCAAAACACUACUUGGCAGAUAGAGAAUCAUUCAAUGCCACAGCUAAACACUGGGCACAAGCCUAUGCUCAAGCUCCUGCACAUAAAAAGAAAUCAGAUACUGGAAAAGUCGCAACUGACGCUGAAAUGGCUGGAUUAUCAGAAGAGAAUGUGGUGGGUUUUACAGAUAUGGGUUUCACAAGGGAACAGGUGAUUACAAUCCUGAAAAAACUGAAUUAUAGGGGGAACAACGUUAAUCCCCAAUCGUAUAAUGCGGUCUUGGAAGAACUCCUCAAAUAA